AUGAAGUUCGGCCUGCCAAUGGCGUUCACCACCACGAUGCUAGCAUGGAGCGUGGCGGACUUCGGCAAGUACAUGGGCUCCGACCUCCCGCACGCCCGCGCCGCAGUGCGCUGGGGCGCCGACUACCUCCUCAAGGCCGCCACCUCCACCCCGGGGACGCUCUACGUCCAGGUGGGCGACCCGGGUCAGGACGACAAGUGCUGGGAGCGGCCGGAGGACAUGGACACGCCGCGGGCCGUGUACGCCGUCACCGCGUCCACCCCUGGCUCCGACGUGGCCGCCGAGACGGCCGCGGCGCUAGCCGCCUCCGCCGUCGCGUUCCGCCGCGCCGACCCGGGGUACGCGGCGAGCCUGCUCCGCGCCGCCGUGGUGGCGUUCGAGCUCGCGGACCGCCACCGGGGGUCAUACAGCGAGGGGACGCUCGGCGCCGCGGUUUGUCCAUUCUACUGCUCCUACUCAGGGUACGAGGACGAGCUGCUGUGGGCGGCCGCGUGGCUGCACCGCGCGUCCGGGAACGCGACGUUCAUGGCGUACGUGCGCGCCAACGGCGCCCAGGACGGCGCCGGGAACGACGACUACAGCUCUAGCUGGGACGACAAGCGCAUCGGCACCAAGGUGCUGCUGGCGAGGGCCGUCCUCCGGCGGGACCGGAGGCAGAACGUCCCCGGGCUGCAGCUGUACAAGGCACACUCCGACAGCUACAUCUGCUCGCUGGUGGCUGGUGGCUGGUGCCGGGCGCCAGCGGGUUCCAGGCCGGGCACCGGGCAGUACAAGCCGGGCGGGCUCAUCUACAGGGAAGGCGACAGCAACAUGCAGUACGUGACGACGACGACGUUCCUGCUGCUGGCGUACGCCAGGUACCUCCGCACCGCCGGCGCCACCGCGGCCUGCGGCGGCGGCGAGGUGGCGCCGGCGGAGCUGGUGGCGCUGGCGAAGCGGCAGGUGGACUACAUCCUGGGGAAGAACCCGGCGGGCACGUCGUUCAUGGGGUUCGCGUACCUGCACUCGGCGGCGCCCGACGCCAACCUGCUGGUGGGGGCCGUCGUGGGUGGCCCCGACGCGCACGACGGGUUCGUCGACGACCGCGAUAGCUACGGCCAGACCGAGCCCGCCACCUACAUCAACGCGCCGCUCGUCGGCGUGCUCGCCUACUUCGCCGGCACCGCCAAGUAUUGA